AAUAAGACCCCUCACUCAGUCUUGAAAAAUGGCAUGGGCGCGGGAGAUGGGCCAGACGCUAUACCACGAACUAUUCCCAAUCUAGUUGUCGUUGCGGGCCUCGGGUAGUGAUAUUCGGUUCUACCCUCGAAGACAUAAAAGUGCAUAUAUAUAUUUAUGCACUCCAUUAGACCAAUCUUUGGAUAUUUGCAGCAACUGUCCCGCAUCUCAAGGUUAUAGUCAUGACUAAAGAUCACUCAGAGUUCGAAUUCUUCAACGUCAUCGGUGGGCAACCCCGUAGGGCGAAAGAGUACCACCGCGUGACGGAUCCACGAACAGAACAGGAACUUUGGAAGUCACCUGUCGCAACAAGUCAGGAUCUCGACGAUGCUGUUGCAGCCGGGCUCGAAGCCUUCAAGUCGUUCAAAUGGAGCACAACCGCUGAACGACGUGAACUACUCCUGGCCGUUCGCCAGAGCAUGCUUGACAAUGUCGAUGUACUCACCACCAUUUUGGCCAAGGAGACAGGAAAGUCUAAAUUGAUGGCGCAAAUCGAAGUCGAAAGAGGUGCUGCUCACUUCGAAUACUAUGCGGACGUCCAACUGGAAGAUGAACUUCAGUAUGAGGACGACACCAUGAAAAUCAUUGCCACCCAUGCUCCCUACGGUGUUAUCGGCGCGAUCUCACCGUGGAAUUUCCCUCUGAUUCUCAGUGCAGUUAAGAUCGCAUCAGCGCUGGCCACCGGGAAUUGUGUAAUCAUUAAGCCAUCCCCUUUCACGCCUUACACCAUCCUCAAAGCCUGCGAGCUGGCACAAUCUGUUGUUCCACCAGGCGUUUACCAGGCUCUGGGCGGCGAUGCCGAUAUAGGAGAGGCAAUGACACUGCACCCAGGCAUACCUCAUAUUAGUUUCACCGGCACCAUCGGUGUUGGUAAGAAGAUCGCGGCGAUCUGUGCCCAGACGCUGAAGAAAACCAUCCUCGAGCUGGCCGGCAAUAAUGCCUCUAUUAUCUUGGAAGAUGCGGAUCUUGCAGAUGCCGUUCCAAAAGUAGCAGUUGGUUCGCUUUUCCACGCAGGCCAGAUGUGCGUUGCGGCAAAGAGAAUAUAUGUACACGACAAGAUAUACGACCAGUUCCUGGAGCUACUGGCUAAGGAGGUCGAGAAAUAUGGCGAAACUGACGAUUCGUCGACACCUUCGAUAUAUAGCCCUUUGUCCAACCGUGUCAACUACGAACGUUGCCUGAGUAUCCUCGAGGACUGCAAGAAGAAUGAAUACAAGAUCAUCACGGGAGGCGCGACCACUGGCGGGAAGGGUUUUUGGAUUCCACCAACUAUCGUUGCUAACCCUCCGGAAGAUUCCUUAUUGGUAUCAGAGGAACAAUUCGGUCCCUUAAUCCCAGUCAUGUCUUGGUCCGAAGAGGCAGACGUGAUUAAGCGGGCGAACAUCGAUAAUGCCGGCCUUGGUGCAUCCAUCUACAGCACCAAUAUCAAUCGCGCACAGGAGCUGGCGAGGAAGCUGGAGUCAGGCACUGUUUGGAUCAACAUGGCAGAACGACCGCAUCAUGCCGGUUGGUUUGCUGGCCAAAAGCUGAGUGGUUUGGGCGGCGAAAUGGGCAAACAAGGAUUGUUAUCGUACUGCCAUACGCAAUCCAUUCAGAUCGCCAAAUAAGGGGCAAGACAUACCUACCCGAUAUCUGCUUGACGUAGCACAUACUCGCGAAAUAUACGUUCGUCUGUACACUAUAUCAAGCUGUGGCCCUAUAAGUGCGCGAUCUUCUCUAUUUCUCUACAGUCAAGUCAGAACGUGCUUAGUUUCUUGAGGAAAGCAAUGAACGAUCUCCCACCCACCUAGGAACAACAACUGAAGGAUAAGAUUCAGAAUGCUCUUAGUGUAAGAAGAAGACAAAUGUCUUUUUAGUAUGCACCACAGAUCAUACUACAACGGUUUAGUUCAGGUGUGAUGGAAAUAACAACUCUGUG